GAUCUCAGCCCAAAUAAUGAUUUGACGUUUGUUCUGGAAGUUUUUGAGUAUAGUACGUAAUUAUUAUAAGUAUGAGCAGUGAUAUAGUAUCAGGGAUAAUUAAAUUUGGUGGCCUGACAAAUGGCAGAGACAAAUUUUUCAGACUGGUUCAGUAUUCAGUAAAGCUGAUUUGGUGGAAUCUGAGAAACAAAGAAGAUGUGGUGGAGAGACUUAAGAAGAUCGAAUCAUCAAUGAGCAUGACUCGUAAAUUGCUGCGUUUGGGAAAGAGUCUGGACUUCAUUCAGGCGGCACUGAAAUCCCUUCACAUCACCGAUGAUGUCAUUCGAUGGACAGUGACCUUGUCAAAAAUUAGUCAAUCCAUUUUUCUGUUCUUUGAUCAUAUUAUUUAUUUCCAUAACCUUGGUGUGAUAAAAACGGACAAGGCCAAAUGGUCCAAAGUUUCUGCUGAGUUUUGGUUCUUUAGUCUUGUUUUGAAUUUAGCCCGUAAUUUUUAUGAUAUUGCAAAUAUUGCUAAAUUAGAAAUGAGCAAGCAAGAUAAAAAGGAAAAUGAAGUUCAGUACAGCAACGGAGAUAUGUCCAGCAGGAAAAGCCAAAGUCCUGGUCCUUUGUCGAUUGUCCAGAGAUGUGUUUGUGACAAUAAGCCUGUAUUUUUAGACUUGGUGAAGAAUGCAUCAGACCUUAUAUUGCCACUAAAUACAUUAGGAAAAGUUGACGCCAGUGCUGGGGUCCAAGGUUUUCUAGGAAUCAUUUCCUCUGCCAUUGGUGUUGCCACGGUCUGGAACCCUAACCUGAAACUAGUGCCUUGAUAAUCGUAUUUAAAGACAGUAACUGAAUAUUCCGAUAUAUAUAUAUAUAGUUCAUAUGACUAUUGCUCAUAUACAAACAGUAUAGUUAAUUUUUUUCAUGUGAUGAAAGUACAACUAUUAUUACAGAUAACUUAAUAUAAGUCAGUUUGUAUGAACAAAA